AUGGAGCACAAAAUCGACCGACUUUAUGGAUUGCCGGAACUCGUUCUGGAGCGUAUUCUAUCGUUCAUCCCCUUGAAAAAAAUUCUUCAACUCACUACAUUGUCAAAGAGAUGGCAAAACGUCUGGUUUUUAUUCCCUAUUCUGGAAAUUAAUGAAGAUGUGGUUCGGUCAGAGGAUUUCAAUUCUUUUGUGGAGAAGAGUCUACUGAGUUGCUACAGGCAAAAGCUAAGCUUGGACAAAUUUGAGCUUAUAAUGAACAUUGAUGAAUCGUACCACACUCUCAUGAACCGUUGGAUCGGGGAUGCAAUUGAAAUCAAUGUCAAAGAGUUGAAUCUCUACAUCCAUUUGUAUCCACACAAAUACUAUCUGCAGGUGCCAGAUAGUGUUGUGGCUGCAAAAUCAAUAACUGAGUUGAGGUUGUGGGGGUGCAAAUUCGAGCCAUUUCACAGAGACAUUGACUUGCCCUGCUUGAAAAGCUUGGUUCUGGUUGAAGCUUUGAUGGACGACCAAAUCCUCCAAACUCUAAUUGCUGGCUGUGCCCUGUUGUAG